GGCCUAUUUUCUAGCUACAAAUAGCUAGCAUUACCUGUUUUAAACAUCUGGCAUGACCUGCCUGUUUAGUCACCUUCUCUCUGGCUUCAAACAGCUGUGGGGCCCCACCUCCUGUCCACCUCCCAUCCAUCUGUGAUCCAUUCCCUCCCCCUUUCCUUCCUGGAAGGAUCUAGACACACCAGAUCCACAAGUCCAGAUGUCUUUAAAAGGAUCUGCCUGGGGAAUAAGGCUCACCUGAGUACUGUGACAUUCAUCUUGAUUGUAGUAGGAAGUCAUUCCAUCGGCCAGUCUGCUGCAGCUGGCACCAUGCAGGUCUGUGUCUCCCUGAUAGUGGCCAUGCUCUGUGGCCUGGCUUGGGCUGGAAACCUAGAAUCGUGUGCAUCUCGCUGUAAUGAGAAAUUUAACCGGGAUGCGGCCUGCCAGUGUGAUCGUCGGUGUCCCCAGCAUGCGGAUUGCUGUGAUGACUAUGGACAUCUGUGCACUGCUGAAGAAGGGCUCCCAGAGCCAAAGGCCUUCCUCGAUCCAGAGGAUGAGAUUCCAGUCAACCACCUGUACUCUGCACCAAACUCCUGCCAGGGCCGCUGCCGGGAAGCCUAUGACAAGCACUACCCUUGCCACUGCAAUGACCGAUGCCGAAAGUUUGGGGACUGCUGUGAAGAUUUUGAUAGCCUGUGUGGUGACCAUGAGGGCUUCUCCCACAGCAGCGAUGCUGUAACCAAUGAGGAACUUCAGAGUAUUUCUGAGACGAUCUACAAGGUAGAUACCAAUAAAGCCCACAAGGAAGACAUUGUCCUCAACAGUCAAAACUGGGUCUCCCCAUCAGAGACAGGAAACCAAGUGGAUCACUGCCCAGAGCCGCUCUUCACUUAUGUCAAUGAGCAGCUGUUCUCCAAGCCUACCUAUGCAGCUUUUAUCAACCUACUCAAUAAUUACCAGCGGGCCACGGGCCAUGGGGAGCACUUCAGCGCCCAACAGCUGGAGGAGCAGGCUGUCUUCCUCAGGGAGGUCAUGAAGACAGCUGUCAUGAAGGAGCUCUAUGGCUUUCUCCAUCACCAAAACCGCUACAGCUCCGAACAAGAGUUCGUGGAUGAUUUGAAGAACAUGUGGUUUGGGCUCUACUCAAGAGGCAGUGAAGAAGGGGAUUCGAGUGGCUUUGAACAUGUCUUCUCAGGUGAAGUGAAAAAGGGCAAGGUCACUGGCUUCCACAACUGGAUUCGCUUCUACUUGCAGGAGAAGGAAGGUCUGCUUGACUAUUAUAGUCACAACUAUGAUGGGCCUUGGGAUUCCUACCCCGAUGUCCUAGCUAUGCAGUUCAGUUGGGAUGGCUACUACAAGGAAGUAGGCUCAGCUUUCAUUGGCAGCAGCCCCGAGUUUGAGUUUGCCCUCUACUCUCUGUGCUUCAUCACCAGGCCAGGCAGAAAGUGCCACUUGAGCCUGGGUGGUUAUCCUUUGUCCAUCCAGACCUACACCUGGGAUAAGACCACCUAUGGAAAUGGCAAGAAGUACAUUGCCACAGCCUAUGUAGUGUCUUCUACCCAAUAGAACUUGCGUCCAGAUGGGUUAUGAGGGCAGAGGGCUAAGCCGGUUCCAGGUGCUAUUUGCUCUGUACUGGGGAGGGGAGGAAGGAAGCUGGGAGAAACCCCACAGUCCAGUUUUAUA